GUCCAUCAUCUGACGGACACUCAGCUGGCCCUCCACUAGUUUUUGACAACAACGACUCUGUCGACAAUGUUCACAUCGUGACUACUGGCCCCAAAACUGACAUAACUUAGUAUUAGUCUGUUUCCUUUAUAUUCUUUGCAGCUGUACAUCAUGGAGCCGUCUGCGCCAAAAAGCAAGCUGAAAAAGCUGAGUGAGGACAGUCUGACCAAACAGCCAGAGGAAGUGUUUGAUGUUCUAGAGAAACUUGGUGAAGGUUCCUAUGGCAGUGUGUUCAAAGCCAUCCAUAAGGAGUCAGGCCAGGUGGUGGCCAUAAAGCAGGUUCCUGUGGAGUCUGACCUGCAGGAGAUCAUUAAGGAGAUUUCCAUCAUGCAGCAGUGUGACAGCCCUUAUGUGGUGAAGUACUAUGGCAGCUACUUCAAGAACACAGACCUGUGGAUUGUUAUGGAGUACUGCGGAGCCGGGUCUGUCUCUGACAUCAUCAGACUGCGCAACAAGACGCUGACAGAGGAUGAGAUAGCUACCAUCCUGAAGUCCACUCUGAAGGGUCUUGAAUACCUCCACUUCAUGAGAAAGAUCCAUCGGGACAUCAAGGCAGGAAACAUCCUUCUCAACACUGAGGGACACGCCAAGCUGGCAGAUUUCGGAGUAGCUGGACAGUUAACGGACACCAUGGCAAAGAGAAACACUGUCAUCGGUACUCCAUUCUGGAUGGCUCCAGAGGUGAUCCAGGAGAUCGGGUACAACUGUGUGGCUGACAUCUGGUCCCUUGGCAUCACCUCUAUAGAGAUGGCAGAAGGAAAACCUCCCUAUGCUGACAUUCAUCCCAUGAGAGCUAUUUUCAUGAUCCCCACCAACCCUCCACCGACAUUUAGAAAGCCUGAACUUUGGUCCGACGAAUUCACAGACUUUGUCAAGAAGUGCCUGGUCAAGAAUCCAGAGCAGAGAGCAACUGCCACCCAGCUCCUACAGCACCCAUUUAUCAGCCAGGCCAAGCCGGUCACAAUUUUGAGAGACCUGAUAACUGAAGCCAUGGAAAUGAAAGCCAAGAGGCAGCAGGAGCAGCAGAGAGAGCUGGAGGAGGAGGACGACAACUCUGAGGAGGAGACUGAGGUGGACUCUCACACUAUGGUGAAGUCGGGCUCAGAGGGCGCAGGGACCAUGCGGGCCACCAGCACCAUGAGCGACGGAGCGCAGACAAUGAUCGAACACAGCAGCACCAUGUUGGAGUCAGACCUGGGCACUAUGGUCAUCAACAGUGAUGAUGAAGAGGAGGAGGAAGACCAGGGUUCCAUGAGGAGGCACGCCACCCCCCAGCAGCCAAUACGUCCAUCCUUCAUGGACUACUUUGACAAGCAGGACUCCAACAAGGCAGCCCAGCAGCAGGAGAACUACAACCACAACCAGCCGCAGGAGCAGCCGGGCUACCACAUCCAGUCCAAGAACGUCUUCCCCGACAACUGGAAGGUGCCUCAGGACGGAGACUUUGACUUUUUGAAGAACCUAGACUUUGAGGAGUUACAGAUGCGGCUGAGUGCCUUGGAUCCCAUGAUGGAGCGGGAGAUUGAGGAGCUCAGGCAGCGCUACACCGCCAAGAGGCAGCCCAUCCUGGAUGCAAUGGAUGCCAAGAAGAGACGACAACAGAACUUCUAAGUGAUCCUCCAUCUCGCCUUCACGCCCUGGUGCCCUGGGUUUCUCAAAGCCACCAUUACCACAAAACCUAUGACUCAGAGGAAUUAGGAUGACCUUAUUGUCUUUGUUCGAAGCCGACUGCUGUUCUGAUCGACUGCUAACUGGCCUCUGACUGAAGAGAGAGGCUUCUUUUUCCGGAUGAUGUCCAUGUUGACCCAUGGAAUCCACACGUACAAGUCUUUCUACACUAUGUCUUGAUGCUCUUCCCUCAUUUUAAGUCUUAAAUUUGUUUCCUGUAAAUUGCUCCUCCACCAACAAUGCUCAAGACUGCGGCCAAAGAGAGAACCAAGCCUUGGUGAUUACACAUCUGAAAGUCACAAAAUGGAUUCCCCCUUUUUGAAAUGAAAUUCCCUUUUGUGUCACACAGAAAACCAUCUUGGAAUCACCCUCAAAACACAAAGGACAACAUCAGCAGAGGAUCUCAAGCAGUGCGGCCAGCGUUGAGUGGUCUUCUUUUCCUCAGACUUUUUACUUUUGCUGUAAAUAUAAUAUAGAGCCUAGUUUGGAAAUACCUGCAACUAAAAGCUGUGGAGGUUUGUCCAUGACCAAAGACAAUCAAGGUGAUGUUGAUUCAGUUGAGAAUGCCUUAAAAAUAUUUGAAACCUGGUUUUCAAAAUAAGCAAUGUAAUAAAACCGCCAAGUUGUCGGGUGGUUAAACCCUCUCCUCUCUCUUGGAGAUGAGUUGGACUGUGGAGAAAGGUCAGAAAUCAUUUGGAUGGUGAAGAGUGGAUCAUGCAUGUUUUCAGUGGACCAGAAAAUUUGAAACUUAUUUCACUAGUCUUUACUGUCAUUUAUUUAAUUUUGCUGUUUUUUUUUUUUGAAUUUGACAUUCUGGUCUUUCUUCAUACAUCCAGUGUACCAUGUAUCUUAGUGCCUCAUAACACACCUGUCCCAGUUCUGCAUCCCUCUCACUCAUCUGCACACACUCAUCUGCCCCUUGUGAGUUUAAAAUCAGCGCCUUUACUCAACAAACUGAUCCACAUUUUCUUUUAGAGUUGUCACAGAAAUUCAUUCCCAAAUGGAACAGAAAUCUCCUAUAAUACACACAAAAGCAUUCCUAAAUACUUUUGAAUACUUAAACCAGAUGUUGAGCCGUAACAGUUUAGAGCUCAGUGAAGAAAGUAACCAGGUAUGACUUCUGUCACAUGAACUAUUCAUGGCAGUAGUUCACCUCAGGAGAUAAAAGACUCAAGUAACUGACUGAUACUUUUUACUUAAGUAAAACAGAGCCACUGCAUCAGCCACACAUCUGCUGUCUGAGUUUCAGACGUUAGAUAAUUAUUAUUUUUGCAUUAAGAUCUCUUCUCAGCUGAUUUCCCUGCAGCUUAUAUCUACGUGUUUCAGCAACAACCAUGAGUGUUGUUGCUCUCCAUUUCCUGACAUUUAGAGUGUGAUGUUAUUAAUGAAGGAAUGACGAUAUACCGUUAGUUUGUGUUCUGUGUGUGUUGGGACGCAAGCUCAUUUUUUACCAGCUAAAAACUGUAUUUACACAAAACUAUUCAGUGCAGUGAUGGACUCUGUGGUGUUAAAUUACUCCUUCAAAAGAUCAGAGAUUAGUUAAGGUCUUUUUUUUAUUCACAUUUCUAUGCUGAAGGUAAUUUAUGUCAGUGUCAGUGUAGUGCCAGUAAGUAACAAGAAACUGUAGCAUAGAAAUAUAUUUGCAGUGACUGAGAAAAUGUAAUUAAAAAUCUAAUUUUUUUCCCAUCAGGGAGCACUGACAAAUUUAUUAUUUAACUGUAACAUAUCUGAUUGAGCGUGUAUCCUGGUCUCAGUUCUUAUAUAACCAAAUUCAAGGAACCCAUAUCAAAAAUGGUUGUUUGUUUGUUUAUGCUUAAAUAAUUAAUAUAAUGUAAUAUAUAAAAUUGAUAAUUAGUUUUCAGAUCUUUCUCAGCUCUCAAAUUCUGAUAUCAGUAUCAGAAUCAAAAAUACAAUUUGAGGCUGUAGUUUACAGUUUUGAAUGUUGAACUGAAAACGUUUACUAACAAGCCAAUGACAUAUUUGUUGUCUUCAUGAAGGAAACAAACUGCUCUGUGGUUUAGUUUUGUGACGAUAUUUGAUCUUGAUUUGUCACAUGUGCUAAUAACGACCCUUUGAAUGAAUUCAGACUGUCCUUACAUUGAAUACAUGUGCAGUGUGUCUGCAGGUUGCUGUUACAUAUGAAUGUUAACGUGCAGUCUUGACAGUGUGGUUCAGCCCAUACUUACUGCAUAUUACGUGACAUUUUAACAAUGCUAUAAUCUUCUGAAUGGAUCUGUUACACUAUCUUGCUGUGUCUCAUCUGAUGGACUCUAUGGCCAAAAUGUGCUGACAUUUUAAACACAUGCAUCAGUACCAUCUCAGUUUCUGAAUGAUCAUGUUUGUUUGUGUUUGUUUUUUCUACAUGCAGAAAUCAUUAACAUUCUUGCCAUGAGUCAUUUUCAUAAACUAAGUCUGCAGUGCACUGGCAACUCGCAUACGAGCGUUCACACUCUAUUUAUUAAACGUUUAAACUUCUUUCCUUUGGUGACACUGGUUUAAAUAUAGAAGCUGAUCUGGCUGUUAAUAUUUUUGCCCCUUUGUCAAAUAUCUGUGGCUUGAUUUCUGCGUGUUUUAGACUAUGCAUGUUUAUAAUUAUGCUCUGUAGUGGAAUGCUCUUAUAUUAACUGCACAGGCUAAGAGUAUUGUUAAUAUGGAAGAUGGAUUAUUUUCAGCUUUUAAUAAAAAAACUAUUUGCUCUGUACAAUAAAAAAAUGAAUAAAUCCCAGUUCAAAAUAUGACAUUGUUCAGAAUCAGCCAUAUUAUGUACAGAUCUGACAUCACCUUUUGAUAUAUAGCUAUAUGAUUUUGUGUUCAUUUAUUUCAGCUAUAUAAUGACUUGAGGGUGUAGGGUGGAAUGUAAGCAUUUAUGUUUGAACCACUUAAUUUAUUAUCUUUGUUUGUAAUACUUUCUAAAGUUUUGAAAAGGUGCAAGACAUAAUAAAAGUCACUUAUAGUUAACCUUAA